AAUACUGUCACGCACGCACACUCAGUAGCAGCGCUGAAUUCGCAGCAGCACAUCCUACAGCACGACAAAAUGUCGUGCACCUACGCCGACGGGCUAUCGCCGUACGAAGACAAAGGCGUCUUGGGCCUUGAGGAGAAGUUUGACACUGAUGAAACUCUGACACUGAAGUGUGAAUUACUUGCUGACUGGAUCAAGGGAGCUCGACAUGUUGUUGUUCACACUGGAGCUGGAAUAAGUACCUCUGCCGGGAUUCCUGACUUUCGUGGCCCAAAUGGAGUAUGGACUCUGGAAAAAGAAGGUUUAAAACCGGAUAAAAGUAUAUCUUUUGAUGACGCAAUACCUACAAAGGCACACAUGGCUUUAAAAAAACUCAUUGAUGAAAAGAAAGUAAAGUUUAUUGUGAGUCAAAAUAUUGAUGGAUUACAUCUUAGAUCAGGAGUUCCAAGGCAAUAUUUAGCAGAAAUGCAUGGUAAUAUGUUUACAGAACAGUGUGACAAGUGUGGGAGACAAUUUGUUCGUAAUUUUGCUACCAAGAGUGUUGGUAAAAAGUGUCUAGAAACAGUGUGUAGAUCUGAACAAAUUGGAGGAAGACCAUGCAGAGGGAAAAUGCAUGAUACUAUUUUGGACUGGGAACACAAUUUACCUGAUAAUGAUCUUGCUUUAGCUGACCUACAUUCAAGUGUUGCGGAUUUAAGCAUAUGUUUGGGAACAACAUUACAAAUAAUACCUAGUGGUAAUUUACCUCUUUACACAAAAAAAUAUGGUGGUCGUUUAGUUAUUUGCAACCUCCAGCCAACCAAACAUGACAAGAAAGCUGAUCUGAUAAUAAAUGGUAAACUUGAUGAUGUGAUUGAAAGUGUAAUGAAGAAUAUUGGUCUAGAAAUUCCAUCAUAUGACACAUCUCUGGAUCCAACUCGCAAUACCGACAUCAAUUCCAAGGAAAUGGAUUGGACGAUACCGACUAGUAGAAUAAAGGAGAUGAAGAUAUUGUACAAAAAAGUUUGUACCCCAGUCAAAAGAAAGCGCAGGGCUACGUUUAUGUAUGAACGUGAAGUUGUACCAAAGCAAAAAAAAACGAAGCAAGAUUUAAAACAAGACCUGAAGCCAGAUUUUGGCUUAAAACAAGAAAAAUUUGAAGAGAGUUCUUCUUUUAGCAACUUCAACAACGAAGAGACCAACGCAACUAAACAAAUAGUUCCGAAAUUGGAGCCAAUGAAUAAUGAUUCAAAUGAAGCAAGUGCAUAUUUAGAUUUCCCAAUCGACGACAGUAACAUUACGUAGUAAACUAUUGUAGAAAAAAGAAAAAAAGUUUAUAUAUGACCAUUACUUUAUAUUUCUCAAGCGCAACAAAUUAGUUUAUAUGUAUGUAACAUGUCGUAAUUAUGCACACAAAAAUUAAAUAUAUAAAACGAUAUGAAUGCUAACAAUUAUGAAAGAAAACGAAAAUGUGUUGAAUUUAAAAUACGAAAUUUUUUAAGUAAAUGAGAACAAUUAAAUAUUUGUCAUUAUAUAUUCUCUUUUGUUUCAUAUAUUUUGUAUAUUCAUAACAUAAAUUUUAGUUUUGAUAAAAAUUUUAAACUAAAAUCUAUUUUUGCUCAUGUGCAAAGGGGCGAUUUAACGUUUCCAUAGAAACCACACUGUUGAUCUUCAUUUAGAAGUGACUAUGAUUUUAUUAACACAACGUUUAAAUGCUUUCAACAACUACUUUGUAGAAAAUAACAUAAGAAUUAUAAUAUAAGAUUAUGUCAGUAAUAAAUUCAAAUUUUUGCUCCAAUUUAACAUAUCCUAUUAUAAAGCAUAAGACAAAAGUCGAAUUAGGUAAUGAUGAUACAUCUGAUUUAGCAAAAUGGAAUACUGAAACUCAUGAAACCUUUGUCAUACCUAAAGUUGAAGAUAAACAAAUUGGUAACUGUUUAAAUUUUUUAUUGCAUAUAUAG